AAUAAUGAAUUGGUUGAAAAGUCCCAUUUUCUGGUUGGUUUUUGUAGGUAUUGUAUUUCUGUUGUUUGUUCCAAGUCUUGCACAAAUACUAGAUGACGACUUGUACGAGGAGUUGAUGGGAGAGAAGAAGAAGAAACAAGAGAGUUGUGUUGGAGAGGAGACCCAUCCCACUUUAGGAUAUCGAUAUAUCACACAACAUAAAGACUAGUGACUAUUCUUUUCCCAAAGUAUGAUAUCG